GUUAGAUCCUUGUGUACGAGCUGUCCUCCUUAUUCCCACGUAACAAUUAUCAAACCCUGACUGUUUCUGGGACUGGGAGAAGAAAAGCAACCCAACUUGGCAAAACGCAGGCGAACAGAGCGAGCUGAUGUGUGCAAACUGGCUGAUCCUCCCAGACGGAGCAGUGAGGGAGGAGGGGAGCAGAGAGGAGGAGACUACUGAUGCUACAGUAAUCUGUGGCGUGUGAGUCAGAGCUGUGAAGAGCAAAGAGGCGACAGAAGCAGCUGCAGCACACCGAGACACGUUCCCCUCGCACAGCAGGCCAGGAUGGGAAGCCGUUAGAUAAGAAGAGACUGUCAUACAGGAAGCCAUCCAGGUGACAGCUCAACAUUCCCUUUAACUUGCAGAUGAAAGGCUGUUUGAAACUGUGGGAAACUCUGUAACUCAUCCAGAGAACAAGGAAGUUUACCAUCCUUAUCUUAGAAGUGGCCUUGGACGGGCUGCAGAAAUGUCCUGGUUGUCUCCGGUCCAGUGGGCCAAAUGGACGUGGUCAGCAGUGACUGGAGGUUCAGGAGAUGAUGGGCAAUCCAGAACGGAGGAUGACAAAGACAAUUCGGACUCCGAGGGGACCUUUGGGACUCCAGAGGCUGAGUCUCCAGGUGUUGUGGAGUUGCUGGGCCAGAUGGACAACGCGAACCACAAAGUUCCUGCUGAUGUUACAAACAACAUCUGCAACUCCAACCAAGAUGUCUCUUCUGCUCCGUCCAAAGAGGUCGACUCCUUGAACAACCUCACCAGCUCCUCACUCAACAAUGGCCCCUUCAGUUUGGAUCAAAACCUCAACGUGACCCUGAGUCCCAAAGCUGGUCAUGAAGACCUGUUCCCAUUCAGUCCUCAGAUUCUAGCUGUCAGGCCCCCGUCGCUUCCUGUCCGUUCUCCCCUGAACAGACCUGAUCCCACAGAAGUGGACGACGAGGCCGCGGUGACGUCCGACUCCAGUACCGACUCUAACUUGACCAUUAGUCAUGACGUUUGUGUGGACUCAGAUUUACUGAAUGGCAACACGAGCUCAGACGCUGCGCUGUCAAACACAAAACUGGCCUGUGAGAAAAGCAACUCGGUCGUCACAAACUCCUGUAAAGUAAAGCCAAACCAGCAGAUUCAAAAGGAUUUAAGCAAGCAGGAUGACCACCAUGGAGGCCAUGCCACGGAUGAGGAGAAGCUGGCAAGCAAUGCUGGGAUCAAACCAGAAAAAUCCCAUAAUGUUCAAGAAUGCAAAUUGACAUCAAAACCUGAGGAAUCAGACUGCUCCUCUGUGCAGCAUGAAGGUCUGUGCGAACUGAAGAGCUCUUCAGGAGGAAGUGAGAUGCAGAAAACGGGAAGUCAAGUCUUGGAUUCCAUCUGCAUCAGCGAGGCAGAAAAACAGGCAGUCCUCAGCCUUAUCAAAGAGGAGAUUAUCACGAAGGAGGCUGAAGUCAACAACUGGAAGAAAAAGUUUGAUCAGGGCAAACAAGAAGUUGACGAGAUGAGGAAAAUUGUUGCGGAAUAUGAGAAAACUAUUGCUCAGAUGAUUGAGGACGAGCAGCGCAACACUGUGAACUUCCAGAAGGUGUUGCACGCAGUGACCGUGGAGAAGGAGGCCGCCCUGGCAGACCUGAACUCCGUGGAGCGGUCUCUCUCAGACGUGUUUCGGCGCUAUGAGAACAUGAAGAGCACACUUGAGGGCUUCAAGAAAAAUGAGGAGGUGCUGAAGAAAUGUGCACAGGACUAUCUGGCCAGAGUCAAGCAAGAGGAGCAGAGAUAUCAGACAUUAAAACUGCAUGCGGAGGAGAAACUAGACAAGGCCAAUGAGGAGAUCGCUCAGGUGCGAGCCAAGGCGAGCUCGGAGAACACGGCGCUGACUGCCAGCCUGAGGAAGGAGCAGAUGAAGAACGAGUCUCUGGAACAAGCUCUGCAGCAGAAGAAUCAAGAGAUUGAGGAGCUUACAAAGAUCUGUGAUGAGCUGAUUGCCAAAAUGGGAAAAAUAGAGUGAAUCUGAAAGAGCCUGGAUCGUCUCUUCAGCCACGCGCAUGCCUCCAGACAAAAACCGCUCUCGUACUGUACCCUGCUACAUCGCUGCUAGAGUAGACAUCACAGUAACAUCUGUAUCCUGCGUGUGACCAGAACCUUACAUGGUAAUUACAUGCGGUCUGUGUUUUGUUUGCAUUUUGAUCUCCAUUUUGUCGGUGAACAUCAACACUCCUGCAACUCAAAUUAAAUUCCCAGCAGCUCUGCUCUGGUUGGGGUUUGUUUUCAACUUACAUUUAUGCUUAUACUUUGGAUUACGAAGGAAAAAUAUUUUAUUCCAAGUCACAAUCAGUAAAAUGUAUUUUUGUACAAACUUUACAUAGUUUUUAUCCCCAUAGAGCCGAGCUUAUAGAGAAACUCUUCAGAUCUGAAUGUGCUCACGGUUUGGAGGUAAAACUGCACAAGAAGGGGUGACGAGGAUUGCACAGGGGCCCUCGGGGGGCCUCGUUUGUCACUGUUACUGAAGCUGCUGCAAAUGGCUUUCAGCAUUUGCCUCAGUUGGUUAGCACUACAACACUUUUGGGAUUCAGGAUGAUUGGAAAAAGCUGAACACAAUAAAAACAACUCAGCGAUAAGUCUGACAAUCAGUGAGAUCUAUGUCACCAUACUGUUUGUAUUGGUUUAUCAAAUCCACAAAAUCGGCUCCAGUCCCAACUAAACCACGUUAGUAAUAAUAAACUGGAAAAGCAAAAAGGAUGAAUAAAUCAAGAAGUGACUUUAUAUUUUGACUGAAUGUUGAUUGUUAUACAGUUUACCAGAGCUGCUUUGUGCAAAAAGUUUGUUUUAAUCAACCAUCCAAUCACUGAUUUGUCCACAGAUUACAUUUUACCUUCUAACUUCAGGAGAUUACAGCUUUGUAACAGCAUUUGUCUGCUACUGCUCACAUUACGAUGCACAUAGUCACAAGAAAAAAAUUGUUUUUGCACAUUUAAUUUUCUCAACUUUGAUUU